ACCGGAAACGUAGUGAUUUGAAGUUGAAGUGUAUGAAGAGUUUGAGCUCAGAUGAGAGCCCAUAGUGGGAAUUGCAAGUAGUGGUUGUGUCUCGGGGAGCCUGAAGGCAGAGCCACGCUACUGAGUCAUGUCUGGGGAAAGGUUCUCCUGUAUGGAUGAGGGCAGCCUACGCAAGCUUCUGGAGGUGACGCUGGACUUGGCAGAGCGGAAAGAGAUUCGAUCAGCUAUCCGUGAGCUACGUAGAAAGGAACUGGAGAGAUGUGAAGAGGCACUGGCAUCUAAACGGUUUCGCUCAGAGAGGAGCCAUGAACAGGAGAACAAGGAGAACCAGCCAAGGGCUGACAGAGAGGAACAGCAGCAGAGAGCACUGAAUGCCCUGACUAUAAGGCUUCAGAAUAUCAAUGAUCUGGAGGAGUUGACAUCUCUGCUGCGGAAUUCCAAAGAAUAUGAGGAGAGAAAGCUUAUCAGAGCAGCUAUUCGAAAAGUGCGAAACGAUGAAAUUGAGGCUGCAUCACUGGGAGGGAUGCUGAUUAGACAAAGUAGUGAACGGGACAAUGGAAAGCUAGUCUGCAAAAGCCAGGAUGCUGUUGGGAACCUUGUGCCAUCUUUGGCACAGGAGAGAGAAGACCUAGAAGAAAGGCAGAAAAUUAGAGCUCAGAUUCAUGAACUGAGAAGUGCACAGAAUGGUGGCAGCCACAUAGCAGGAUCCAAAGAAAUAGAAUCUAAUAUGCUGCUGCGCCUCAAAGUUCCUACUAAAGAACAAUUGCCGUCUUCAACAUCUUCUUCUUCAUCCACCUCUUCAUUCACGUCUUUCUCAUCAGAACCAUCCAGUUCAUCUCAUUGUCAAGCUACAGAACUCUUGUCUUUAAGUGCAGAGUUCGAAGGACAACCCCACAAUAACAGAAAUGAGGUGUUUAUGGAGCCUUCAGCAGAAGACAGUGGUACUGAGACAAGGGAACAACCAAAUACGCAUGUGGCCUCCCACAAACAGAAUGUCAAGUCAGAACAAAAGCCUUUGCCAGUAUGGACUGGCAGAGCUGAUUCUCACAUCAUCUCUAGGCUGGGAGCUGAUAACAAGGAAUCUUUUCCCGAGGGAGUGACCUCAGCGUCCUGCUCUGAACCAGAUGACCAGACCUCCAUGCCUCCAUUUAGAAGAGCUUACUCAGUCAGAGACAGAGUAAAGAAGUUUUCUGAAGAGUCCUCUAGUGUAACAACCCCUGCCUUGGGUUUCCGUUUUGGAAGCAUGCGUGCUGAGAGAGCCCCAGUCAGAGGAGCACAUGUACUGCAGCAGCAUUCCCUAUUAUCUGUUGGACAAGAAAAUAAUCAGAAAGCUGCACAAAAUGCUAGAUUUGUCACUAAGCAAGAAGUCACACGUACAGUUUCAGGGCCCUGUACCCGCAGGUUAGAUGGAAUUCCUACAGCUGGGACACAGAGCACUAACAAAAUACAGUCAUUUAAAUCUCCUUUCAUACCUGAGUUAAACAAUUCCAGGAGCACGUCCUUAAAAGGAUCCUCAUCUCUCAGCUCUACAGGACCCUGCACAUCCUCGAGGGAAGUGAAUAGAGGACUUCCACAAAGCCAAGGUUCCUUCAUCCUCAAGCAGAAUAGUGGGAGGAGCCAAGAAAACCAAUUGAAAGUUCCUCUACCCAUGACAGAAAGGGGGAGGAUAGAUGAAAACUCAGAUGGAGCCAAUACAGAGGGACCAGGCAGCCUACAAUCCUCCACACAUCUCUGCAAAUCCACCAAAGGCACUCGAGAAGAGACAGAGGACACUGACAUGAAGACACUGCUUACCAUUGAAAUUAAGGAUGGGAGAAAUCAGACUACUAGUAGUCGGGUGGUGGGUCAGCCUGGAAACCAACGAGCAGAGUUGAUGUUGGGACUCACAAGUUCACCUUUUAGAAUUAACAGUGGCUUUAGCACAAGCAAUGAUGGAGCCAGCAGCGGGAUCACUACAAGGAGCAUAAGGACUGAGACCAGGACCACCACACAAAGUGGGAUCACUUCCAGCAGUAAUGUCAUCAAGGAGAAGAAGCGAUUAAGGAGUGAUCAUCAAAUGGAGGAAAGGGACCAGGACAGACAGCAAUGCUCAGGUGAAGAGGGCAGUGCAGUGAGCAGUGUCCCUGCUGAAGCUCCCCUGUCGGAUUCAACAUGUGGAGGAGACAUCGGCGAGGUUGAGGCAGAAACUCCCCAGGAAACUCCCCAGCAACUGGAGGUAUUUCUCCCCAGCACAACAGAGAAGGCAGAACCAGAAAACAAGGGCAAGCUAACAGCAGAGGAUCUGAAUGCUAUAGAGGAAGAGGAAGUUCUGGAUAAAAUGCUGGAUAAGGCCACAGACUUUGAGGAGAGGAAACUAAUCCGUGCGGCAAUGAGGGAUCUGCGUCAGAGAAAGAGAGAGCAACGAGAGAAAGAGCGAGAACAGCGCUUACAGGAGUUAAAGAACAAGGAGAGGGAAUCUCAGCUGGCACGAAGCACAGAAACCAGCAUCCGACAGAGCGAGACAACCAACCAUGGCUCUGCCGUCAGCACUGUCACCAAAACACAGAGGCUUGUGCAGUCCAAUGAUGGCAGCAAAACCUCUAGCACAACUACAUUGGAGGCCAGUUACAUGAAACGAUCAGAGAAUGGUGACACCAUUGUUCAGACAAAAUCAUCAUUUAGUGCCACAUCCAAGAAAGUUGGCAGCAUCUUUGACCGAGAGGAUGAGGGGCUUUCCAGGGCCAACAGUAUGACUGCAAUGGAGCGGCGUCAGGCAGAAAGGAAAAAGGAGCUCAUGAAGGCUCAAAGCCUACCUAAAACGCCAGCCACGCAGGCACGCAAGGCCAUGAUUGAGAAGAUGGAGAAGGAAAGUGGCGGCUCAUCCAGCCCAGCCUUUGCCAAGGUUGCAACACCACGUUCGGCUGCAUUUGGUGUGCCUAAUGCAAACAGCAUAAAGCAAAUGCUCUUGGAUUGGUGCAAAGCCAAGACGCGUGGGUAUGAGCAUGUGAACAUUCAGAACUUUUCCUCCAGCUGGAGCGAUGGAAUGGCAUUCUGUGCACUUGUCCAUAAUUUCUUUCCUGAGGCAUUUGACUACAACCAACUGAACCCCCAGAACAGAAGAAAGAAUUUUGACCUGGCCUUUUCAGCUGCAGAGAAACACGCAGACUGUCCGCAGUUGCUGGACGCAGAGGAUAUGGUCCGCAUGCGAGAGCCGGACUGGAAGUGUGUUUACACGUACAUCCAGGAGUUCUACCGCUGCCUGGUGCAGAAGGGGAUGGUAAAAACCAAAAAGUCCUAGGAGUUAACGCCAUAGAAUCACUGGAUGCUUGUGGACUGUGUCCCUCUGGUGGAGGUGGAGGACAUGAUGAUCAUGGGGAAGAGACCAGACUCCAAGUGUGUCUUCACUUACGUCCAGUCCUUGUACAACCACCUGCGGCGGCAUGAGAUGCGUCUACGCAAGUCAGAGUUUUAAUAACGUGCCCUUCUCUUUCUGUGGCUUCCCCUGGCACAGCGCUAACAUUUCUGGCUCCCACCAACUUAAGUUCUGCACCACAGAUAAAUGUUAAGAGGUUUCACAGGUGAUUGUUCAGAGUUGUGUAUAUUGCCCCCCUCAGAUAUUUAACAAUGUUCUUCCUCUUGUCCCUGAUGCCACAGAGGCUUGCAUGUGUUGCAGUGCGAUCCUCUGCUGUCUCUCUGGCACACUGGGACUAUGAUUGCUGUGCCAGUGGAAUGCCAUCACUGCCUCAAAUGCUUGUCCCUCCCUACAGAAUUAAUAUAUUUAGAUUUUAUUAUUAAAUAGCACUAAGUAAGUGCUGGGCCUUUAAGAAAUCACUGCCACAAGCUUCAGAACAUAGACUUUGCUACACUUCGUAAGAGACCCAGAAUACACUUCACUUGCAGCUAGCGCAUUACUGGUGCAUCCUCUUUUCCUUCCUUAUUUUAAAGAAUCGUCUCUUUUUAAUAUAUUUAAUAGAAAUCUAUUUAAUCCUGUCUACAUAUAAUAUUCAUGGUGGUUGAUGGUUUAGAGAAGGCAUAGGCGAAUAUGCUCCAGUUUUGGAAAUACAGUGCCCAAGGCAUGGUGGGAGAUUUAGUUCUGUAAUAGCUGGUGCAAAAAGUUUGCCUUUCCCUGGUAUAGAGUUUUGUUGGAAUCCAAGGAAGAAUCUGUUUAGAGCCUUUUUUUCAAACUGGAGGUUUAUUAAUGAACAUAUUUAUAGUAUGGUCUAAAAUAAAGUCCUACAGAGCAAUAUGGCUGCUUUCCUAUCUCAAAGCAUGCAAAUCAAUGAAGAAGAGCUUGUACCAGCAGUGCUUACAUACAUUUAUUAGUGGCUUGACUUCAGAUCUAAUUGUUGUGCAGCAUAACUUGCUUCUUGUAGAUUGAGAGGGAUUCAUCUGCCCUCAUUGCUUGCUCAUUCUUAGUGAAGAAUUCUGGGUAGCAGUACUAAAAUAAGCACACACAGACACAAUAUAGCACUUUAUAGUUCCUAAUUCUUGUACCUAGGAAUGUUUUUUUGUGAGAGUGCUCUCCCGCUCCAGUUGAAAGGAAUCUUGUGGAGAGGAAAGUUUAUAUGUACUAUUGUGUAAUUGCUGUUUAUGCUCCUUACAUGUCUGGUACACUGUAAUACAACAAAGGCUACCACAGUCACUUUGAUUACAUUUCAGCAUGUUAAUUUGUAUGAGCAGCCUGUAACUGUAUUAUUAGUUUGACUUAAGUUAACUUUUAACAUCAUGCAGCAAUAAAAAAAACUUUAGCCACCCCUCCUCCAAAAAAAAAAAAAAGCCAGACUCAUUCUCUGAAUGCUAAAUUUGUCUUGAAGGGCUUGUUCACCUUUAGUAUGGUAUAGUUAUGUAUGGACCUAUAGGGUUUUUGAGCCCUAGCAACCAGAUAGCAGUUGAAGUUCCAGGCCAGAGAGUUGCAGAAUAAAAAAAGUAAACAUUAAAAAAACAAACAAGAAAUUAUAUGGAUGGAUGCCUACAUCGUGGUAAAAGUUGAAGGUGAACUACCCCUUUUAAAGUUCCGGUGCCGUUUAACUUUUAGGUACAUCUUUGAAACAACACUGAUCUACUUACCUAAGCUUACUCAUGCUCUACUAUUGAAACACUAAAAUAAGAGCACCAACAUAUUAUUUACAGUUCUGGUUACCAGUAGUUUGUCAAGAACAUUUUGCCAUUUCCCAUGCUUUACCCUUACAAAUGGCGUCUGACCCCACUGCAGCCAAGCCAUGUUCUCUUUCUGUGAUACCAACACUUGCAGUGCAGGGGCAGUGCCUGAGCUUGGUGGCUUGCUUUUUCUUUACACUGGAGCCACUUUGUGGCAUUGCACUGUAUGAUUUAUGGUUUAAAAGCAGGAAAUAAGGAAUGGCCAAGCCUUGGGGCUGUUUGCGGCCCUGGGUUUAUAUGUACUGAUGUACAGCCUCACAGUGUAUAAAACUGUGUCAGUUCCAAGGGCCCCAGUAACUUUUAAUCACUGUAAUGUUAAAGCAUGGGUAAGCAAUAUGCUGGUAUCUUUCAUUUAAGAAACUAAAGUAGCACCUUUUUGUUGCGAUGUGUGCGUAUGAAAUAUAUAUAUUAUUUAAGAGAUAUAUAUAUAUAUAUCUACUUAGAAAGUGUAUUUCAAUGUGUAUUCACACAGGUACACACAUAUAUACACCUGCUAGUGUAUAAAUAUAUGUAUUCGUGUAGUAUAUGCAUUAAUAUACUUAUAAUUAGUGAACACAUGCAUACUUACAGUUUGUGUAGAUUUAAACCACAGAGAAAGCUCCUAUUAUCCUUCUAUAUAGUGCAGCCCUAGUAUAGUGGGUUAGAUGCAGAUCGCUGGUCUGUAUGUAUACAUAAGGCUCACAUAUGUCACACUGACAGACUUUCAUUUCCAUUGUGGCUACAUUUCAUGUUUGUGUAUACUUGCCAGUAUAAGUAAACUGUUUAACCUGUUUUAACCUGAAAGUUUUAAACACUCCUCAAAUACAGCUUUUGUGUCCGUUCUUUUUAUACACCAGCAUGUGCUGACAUUUUAAUAAAGUUCUUUUAACUGA